UUUUCUGUCGCUGAAAUUUUCCAAGAAAAUCUCCCAUUUUAGCCCAAAAGGGGAAAAUUCUGCCAGGUGUUCAAGUCCUCUCUGUACUCUUUUCAUGCUGUCUUUAUUUUUUCUUUCUGUAAUUUUUGUUGGGUCGCCGAGAAUAUCAUUUCUUUCUAUGUUUUCUGUUUGGUUGACGCGAAACUAAAAGAAAAGAAAACAAGAAAAAAAAAAUCAUCUUUUCAUUUUCAUUUUUGAACGAUUUGUUCUCUUUGGUAGUGUAAAUCCUGUUUGCAUUGUACCAUAUAGAAGAUUGUCUUUUGUGCAAUAAAGUAAUAGUUUGGUUUCUGUGAAUGAUUUAUUUUCUUUCUCUAAUUGUGUUUCUGUCAUCAAAUAUUCUUUUAUCAGCCAUCUUUAACAAUGGAUUUAUACAAAUUAUGCAAUAGAAUGUUUUGGGAAUGACAAUAGAAUUACCAAAUCUUUGGGCCGAGAGAAGAAGGCAUAGCAAUGGAAGAAUCCCUAAAGAAAAAGAAAAGGCAUAAGUCUUCCUCUUGGAUCAUGUAAAAUGGACAAACGAAAUUCCCUACUGUCCUCAAUACCAUCCAACAGAGGAGGAGUUAAAAAAUCCUUUACUUUAUCUGCAAAAGAUUGCUCCUCAUGCUUCCAAAUAUGGUAUUUGCAAAAUUAAAUCACCAUGGGAGGUUUCUGUGACUGCUGCUCAUGUACUGAGUAAGGAGAUUGAGGACUUUAAAUUUGGAACUUUAGUUCAACCUCUUCAGGUUGACACCGAGGGGGCAUUCUACCAAAAAUUGGACAGGAAAUAUACCUAUGGUACCUUCCAGCACAAGGCAAAUGAGGAGUUCGUUCAUCAGUUUCCUCGUGCAGGUGGUCGUCCUCUUUCAUACAUAGAAAAGAGAUUUUGGCUUGAAAUGGCUCAUAAACAAGAAACAGUUCAGUAUGCAGUGAAUGUUGAAGGCAGCGCCUUUACCUCAGAUCCUGGCGACAAGCUUGCAAAAAGCAAUGGCAAUUUGAAGCAUUUUAAAAAGCUUCCAGACAAUGUUUUUCGCCACCUGGAUAUAACUGUUCCGGGAAUAACAGAUCCGAUGCUUUACAUUGGUAUGAUUUACAGUAUUUUUGCUUGGCAUGUGGGAGAUCAAUACUUAUAUAGGUACCAUUACUCUCUUUGCCAAUUCCAACCCUUUGCUUUUUGAUUCUCUGAUUUUCUCUUUUAUCUAUUGUUAGUAUCUACUUAUAAUAUUCUCAGCAUCAAUUAUCUUCACUCUGGAGCACCCAAAACCUGGUAUGGUGUUCCAGGUAAUGAGGCUCCUCAGUUCGAAAGGGUAGCAAUGUAUCAUCUGUUUGCCAGUAAGAACUUUUCCCUCAAGGGAGAGGACAGAGUUUUCAAUAGGUUAGCAGGAAAAACGACAAUGUUUCGUCCAAAUUUAUUGCUGCAAAAUGGUAUACCUGUUUACAAGGCUCUGCAGAUGCCUGGGGAAUUUGUUGUUACCUUUCCUAGAGCAUAUCAUGGAGGAUUCAGUAAUGGUUUUAAUUGCGGCGAGGCAGUAAACUUUGCACUUAAAGAUUGGUUUCUAUUUGGGAAAGAUGCUGGAGAUCGGUAUGCACGGCUCCACAAGCAGUUGUUUGUUCCUUAUGAAGAGCUCCUUGUUAAAGAAGUAAUGUCAGUUAAUCACUCAGCUGCAGAAUCUGCCUCGCAAACUUCUGCUAAUGCUUGUUUUAGACAGCAUAUAAAAUCUCUAAACAGCACUCUCAUGAACUUAAAGAAUCUAAAAGUUCCAUUUGUGUAUACACCAAAUUCUGAAACAUCAAUCUGCAGCCUAUGCUAUCAUGACUGCUACUUGGCCUCUGUCCAGUGUCAAUGUGGAACCAGAUGCCUUUUCCUUGAGCUUGUGAAGCUUCAUUGUUCUAAUGGAUGCAACAUAACUGUACAUCUAAGUCGAGAGGUGCUGAGUGUGGAAACUAAAGCUCUUGACCUUCAGAUUGAAGAAAUAAUGUCGGAGCAUGAACAUAUAGUUUCUUGCAUUGAAGAUGGACUUGCUCUAGAUAGAGAGUUGAAUACCAAAUUAGGACAAGCCGGUGCCAGCUCAAGUAGGAACUAAAUAAGCUGCUGAGUACACAAGACCUAACUUGGGCAUUCCAUAGCUCUCCAUAAACCAUUACAGAUAUCUUUUGCACAUAUCAAUCCAAAUUAUACCCUCAAAGGGUAAAGAUUGUCAACAAUACUUUUAACUAUUUUUCAGAAUAGGGAUAAACAAUCCUUGCUUACUGUCAAAAUGCUGGAAAAGAUACCUGUUUUUUGGUGGUCAUGAAGUGUGUUUUCCUUAUCAAGAUAUGUAAUAAACUCAACUGCAACACUCAAAGCAUUGAUAGAAGCUAGUGAACUGAGGCUGGAGUAUAAUAGCAUUUCUUCCCCACAAAACACAAUAGAGGGCACCCAUUUGAUAGGCAUGUCUGCAAAACAACACCACUAAGCAUCAUUGAUUUGUAGCAACGAUUUUGAAGUUAGUAAGAACUAUUUGUUAUGAAAUUGUUAUUUGUUUA